AUGAGGAUUUUCUCUGUUUUGCUUUGGAUUCUUUUCCCAGGCUGCUGGGCGGUGACAGGCCCCGGGGCAGUGCGUGGCCCCCCGGGCGGGUCAGUGGCUGUGCGGUGCCGGUACCGGACGGGCUAUGAGGAUUAUCCGAAGUUCUGGUGCCAGGAAGGAGGUUGGUUCUGUUCCAACUGGUUUCAUGUCGUUGAGACCCCGGGGUCGGAGGCCGAGGUGAAGCGGGGCAGAGUCUCCAUCCGAGACAAUCACACCCAGCGCAUGUUCACUGUGACUGUGGAGAACCUGACACUGGCAGACGCCGGCACAUACCUCUGCGGGGUACAGAGGUCUGGGUUUGAGCUCAGGGCCACUGUGGAAGUCACCGUCUCCUCAGCUGUUCCUUCCCCAAACCCGACUGGAAGGACACCACAAGCAAAAAAGCAGCCAGAUUCACCUUCACGAAAAACGAAUGUUGCUUUUAUCAGCAAGAACCUGGAGGUCCCGUGA